GGGUGGGAGCCGGUACGUCAUCUGGUUGCUGAACGUGAGAGAGAGGCUUGACCGAUAGCUUAAAGGGAAAUUCCUGCAGCAAAGGCCAGGAACUGCAGUAGUGGGAAAUGGAGGACUUCAACUUACACUACAGGUUCUUAAAUUGGAGGAGACGAAUAAGAGAAAUAAGAGAAGUACGAGCAGUACGGCAUCAAGAGAGGUACAAACGCAUUCUUGUCGAUGGAGACAUACUGAGUUAUCAUGGAAACGCUGAUGAAGUUGGCUGUUACGUGGCCCCUCGUCCUUUGACCAAGGAGAAUCAUUAUUUUGAGGUGUGCAUAGUGGAUACUGGUGUCAGAGGGACCAUUGCAGUAGGAUUAGUCCCUCAGUAUUACAAGCUGGAUCAUCAGCCAGGAUGGCUUCCACAUUCUGUUGCUUACCAUGCAGAUGAUGGGAAGUUAUUUAAUGGAAAUGAAGUGGGCCGGCAGUUUGGGCCGAAGUGUUUUACGGGUGAUCGAAUUGGCUGUGGAGUCCACCCAGAAUCCUUUGACAGAGGAAUGGCAACUGUCUUUUUCACAAGGAAUGGCAAAGAGGUGGGGUCAGUAGUUAUGGCUAUGUCACCUGACGGAUUGUUUCCAGCAGUUGGAAUGCACUCUCUUGGUGAAGAAGUUCGCAUUGACUUUCAGGUUGAAUGGGGGCUGGAUGAGGACGACAGUGUCAUGAUGGUUGACAGUCAUGAAGAUGAAUGGGGCCGUUUACAUGAUGUUAAAGUUUGUGGAACACUAUUAGAAUAUAGCGGCAAAGGGAAGAGUAUCAUGGAUGUUGGACUCGCACAAGCAAGAUAUCCCCUCAGCACCAGAAGCCAUUACUUUGAAGUAGAGAUCGUUGACCCAGGUGAAAAAUGCUACAUUGCCUUGGGACUGGCAAGAAAGGACUACCCAAAAAAUCGUCAUCCAGGCUGGAGUCGAGGAUCAGUGGCCUAUCAUGCAGAUGAUGGCAAGCUUUUCCAAGGAAGUGGAGUGGGAGAUCCUUUUGGCCCUCGCUGUUACAAGGGCGAUAUCAUGGGUUGUGGUAUCAUGUUUCCUCGAGAUUAUAUUUUAGACAGUGAUGCUGACAGUGAUGACUGUGUUGAUGCUGCAGAAGUGAAGCCCAAACAGAGACGUGUGAGGAACAUCAUGUAUUUUAAUGAUGAGGAUGAAGAGGAUGACGGAGAGGAAAUGGAGCAAGAAUAUGAUGGAAAGAAAGUAACGGUAUUUUUUACUCGAAAUGGAAAGAUCAUUGGCAGGAAAGAAGCCCCAGUGCCAUCUGGAGGAUUCUACCCCACCAUUGGAAUGCUUAGCAAUGGGGAGAAGGUUAAAGUUGACCUGCAUCCUUUAAGCGGCUGAACUUGCAGUCUGCUUCUUCCUGAACACAGCAUGUUCUUCUUCCUCCUGACAUCUGCUGGCUGUGAUGGAGCCUGUAACUGCACAGAAUGCGUGCAGAAUUGACCAUUAUAUUUGGCCAUUUUCUGUAACUCUGCAAUUCCAUUGCUGUAUUUAACAAAUGAUUACAUAGGACAUGUCUAUUUUGAUUGCGUUUGUUCAUUAUCUGUUAAAUCCUGCUUUGAAACACUAAAAAAACCAUGAAUACUUUCAAAUCUUUUGAUGUUACUGUAGGCCAAUAUUAAGUGAUUACCUCAAUUCCCCGCCCUUGGCAUUUGGUAAGAACACUCCCUGAUGCUGCUCUCUGCAUGUACAUCCAGAGCUGUUAAAAUAUCAAUAGCAGACAGCAAAUUAGAAGCUGAUCAGAAUUAGUUUGAUCCUUGUCUGCUGUCUGCAAGCUGCUUUUGAAAGAAUAUUCUUGAGGAAUCUGCUCCUGUCUGUUAGUACAGCCCUUAAGUGUUCUAUAAUCCGCAGAGUGUACAAAUGAGCAAAGUCUUUUUCUGGGAUCCCAGCAUUAUCAGAGAGUAUGCAGAUAUGAGCUGUCAUCUCCUCUCACUAAUUUCUGUAUAGAGUGCCUUACCCACACUACUGACGGGGCUGCUCUUCUGACCCUGUUAUUACCAUCGAUGUGGCAGUAAUUACCAGCUCACAGUAAGGUGAGUGAUCCCGGUGGGAAAUAUCCCAUGAAUACGUUCCCUUUUAGAUUGAUCUGUCUGUUGCAAAUGAGCAUUCCUGUUCCUUCCUUCAAUUCCAUUGCCAUCAGCAGUCAAUCUGCAUUCUGGAAAAGCCCAUUUGCCAGUAGUAUGCUGUUCCCCAGCUUAUGGCCCUUGUUCUUGCUGCAGCGCAUCUCCACUGCACUGGGUAAGAUGGCAAGCCUCAGUCAGGGCACUUAAGUCCACAGCCUGUGGAUAUAGCUACUGUGCAUUGUACAUUAAAAAC